AGCUCGCGUUACACACCGCUUGGCUGUGUGCUUGCGGCAGGACGCGAGAGACUCCGGCUCCAAGACACUCAACCAAGAGGAAGGAUGGCCAGUGCCUUCUCUAAGUUGCUAACUGGCCGCAAUGCUUCUCUGUUAUUUGCCACACUGGGCACCAGUGCCCUGACCACCGGGUACCUGGUGAACCGGCAGAAUGUGCGUGCUGAGUCCCGGGAACAGCACAAGCUAUUCCCUCCGAGUGCAGACUACCCUGACCUUCGCAAGCACAAUAACUGCAUGGCCGAGUGCCUCACCCCCUCCAUCUACGCCAAGCUCCGCAACAAGAUGACGCCCCAAGGCUACACUCUGGACCAGUGUAUCCAGACUGGAGUGGACAACCCCGGUCACCCCUUCAUAAAGACUGUGGGCAUGGUGGCUGGUGACGAGGAGUCCUAUGAGGUGUUUGCCGACCUUUUUGACCCUGUCAUUAAACUCAGGCACAAUGGCUACGACCCCAGGGUGAUGAAGCACCCCACGGAUCUGGAUGCAUCCAAGGUAGGCUCAAGAGCUCUGCCCUCUCACCCGUCUCUGAAGCGCUACGUGCUGUCCUCCCGGGUGCGCACCGGCCGCAGCAUCCGCGGGCUGAGCCUGCCGCCAGCCUGCUCCCGGGCGGAGCGCAGGGAGGUGGAGAACGUGGCCAUCACGGCCCUGGAGGGCCUCAAGGGCGACCUGGCUGGCCGCUACUACAAGCUGUCCGAGAUGACCGAGCGGGACCAGCAGCAGCUCAUCGACGACCACUUUCUGUUUGAUAAGCCAGUGUCCCCUUUGUUAACGUGUGCUGGGAUGGCCCGGGACUGGCCUGAUGCCCGGGGAAUCUGGCAUAAUUAUGACAAGACAUUUCUCAUCUGGAUUAAUGAGGAAGACCACACCAGGGUAAUCUCUAUGGAAAAAGGAGGCAAUAUGAAACGAGUAUUUGAGCGAUUCUGUCGUGGACUAAAAGAAGUAGAACGCUUGAUCCAAGAACGAGGCUGGGAGUUCAUGUGGAAUGAGCGCCUCGGAUACAUUCUGACCUGCCCUUCGAACCUUGGCACAGGAUUACGGGCUGGUGUCCACGUUAAGAUCCCGAAGCUGAGCAAGGACCCCCGCUUUUCUAAGAUCCUGGAGAACCUGAGGCUGCAGAAGCGUGGCACGGGUGGUGUGGACACUGCGGCAGUGGCAGACGUGUACGAUAUUUCCAACAUAGAUCGAAUUGGUCGGUCAGAGGUUGAGCUCGUUCAGAUAGUCAUCGAUGGAGUCAAUUACUUGGUGGAUUGUGAGAAGAAGUUGGAGAGAGGUCAAGAUAUUAAGGUGCCACCGCCUUUGCCUCAGUUUGGCAGAAAGUGAACUUUCCCUUCCCCAUUUAUAAGUAAUGUGUCUGCUGGUAUGACAGACAUAAAGGUAUUUCUGCUCUGAGAGUUUUUGUAGACUUGGGGAAAAUGUAAAAUUGUAUGUCUUAUCUUUAGAAUAAAACUCUCCUUAAUCUC